UAUUUAUAAACAUCUCAUUUAGUGACAAUUACGUUUUGCGGCAAGUAGCCUAAUCUAAUGCCUAGCUUUAUUUACGCGAUUUCUGAUGUAUUAACAUCUUUUAAAUAAAAAAUUCAACUGAAAAUGCGGAGGGAUUUUGUCAGCUAAUAUUUUGGAUGAACAAUGUCUAUUUCGCCGGCUCAUUGGGAUGGACUCACUUUAGAAGUUCCCGAAGAAAAACAACAACACGCCAACUGUAAGAGUGUGCCUCUGAAAUAGUCUUCAUGUAAUUUAAUUACCUCCAGAAAUACUCUCAAUUUACCCGGGCCCCAGGUGGUCUACUAUGUUUGUGUGUGUAACUAAACAUAUACAUGCAUUAUAUAUUACACACAUUCCGUUGUUUGUCUGAACAGUUCACAUGUUUUGUUAGGGAGUGGACAUAGGGUCACCACUCUCACAUCACCAUUAGAUAAGGAAAAGGGAGCAUUUCCUGAUGCAGCCCACUGACUAACGUCUCCUGUGCAUGGGGGUUUCACAUGGCUAGUCAUGGGAGCACGUCACUCUGUGCUCUAUAUUUGGCAGUGGGAGGUGCCUUGGCUGCUUGCCUGGGGCAAGUCUAGAUGGGGUGUUGUCUCUUAUACCCCUGCCCCUCAGCCCUGGCCUGGUCACUGUGAUGAGUCUUAGCAAGAGACACUGAAACUCAGAGCAAAGGACUGGUGAGGAAAGGCACUGUUUAGGGUUAACUCAUCUCUCAUCUUAAUGCAUCUCUAAGUCAGGCAGAACGUAUGGACCAGAGUGUCUCCUUCCAGAAGAGGAGGAGGUACGACAGUGAGCUGUGUGGUGCUGCAGCCUCGGCCAGUCUGGAGUACACAGACCUGGAAGCUGCUGAGGCCCUGGUCUGCAUGAGCUCUUGGGGCCAGACCUUCAACAGCAGUAAAUCCAGCUCCUGCAAGCCCAGGCCCCUCACCCCUGCAUCGGACUCCUGCGACUCCCUUCUCCCCCCGGAACCUCCGGAGACUCCCAAGGACUUUGUUUCCCUUUCCUCCCUGUGUAUGACUCCCCCUCACAGUCCCAGCUUCGCUGAGACCUCCAGUAGCAGCACUGCAAUCCACACCAGUACCUCUUCUCUGACCCGGCCAGGCCCCAGCACCUGUGGGACCCGGCUCCAGGGUCACGUCCAGGGCAUGGCCUCCUUGGCUGUAACUCCCCCAGCACCUGCUCCUUGCAAAGCCAUGGCAACCAGCGUGAUCCGCCACACUGCAGACAGCUCCCCCUGCCAGCACAUUCCAUUUCCCUCCUUCUCUGCCACACGUGGAGCCUCACAGACACCUGGAUGCGUGCAGCUCGCUGUCAAGACAGAAGAGAAUAACUCCCCACUUCCACCCCACUCUCCAUCUUCCCCCUUCACACCCACACCCUCCCACUGCAAGACAGAGCCACAGGCCAUUCACAGAGGACUCUGUAAGGACAGCCACACCCCCAUGCCAGCAAUCUGCCAACCACAUGUCAGCCCUCCCACUACUAUGCCCCUCUCCCCACUCCCUGUGACUAGCUCUCCAAUCAUCUGCCAGAUGUUCCCAGUGAGCAACCAACAAGGCAUGAUCUCUGCUUUCAUCAAUGGUACAGUCCAGACUUCGAGUUGCGGGAUGAGAACCACCACCUCCAUCCUCCCUAGCCCCCCUGCUGGCACCCCGUCCCUGCAGCAGCCCCUCCUCAUGGGCUCACCCAUGCCCCAGGGCACAGUGAUGCUGGUCCUGCCCCAGUCCUCCAUCUCUCAGGCUCCCAACUGCCCCCAGACUGUCAUGACACUGGGCAACACCAAGCUGCUACCUCUGGCCCCAGCCCCCGUCUAUGUUCCCGCUGGACCCUGCAGCGCCGCCAAGAUGGACUUCUCCCGCCGCCGGAACUACGUCUGCAACUUCCCGGGCUGCAGGAAGACCUACUUCAAGAGCUCCCACCUCAAGGCUCACCUCAGAACACACACAGGUGAGAAGCCCUUCAGCUGCAGCUGGGAAGGUUGUGAGAAGAAGUUUGCUCGCUCCGAUGAGCUCUCACGUCAUCGGCGGACACACACAGGAGAGAAGAAGUUUGUCUGCCCUGUGUGUGACCGGCGCUUCAUGCGCAGCGACCACCUGACCAAACAUGCCCGCCGUCACAUGACCACCAAGAAGAUUCCUUCCUGGCAGGCGGAGGUCCGCACCCUCAACAAGAUGGCCACAUCCAAGACCGCUCCCACCCUCUCUCCCACCCCCAUCGCCACACUUGGUAUGCUGGUCCCUUCCUCUAACUAGACUGGUGACCCCUCCCCCCCACCAAAACCCUCCAUCAUGACCUAUGACCUAUAACCCCGUCCCCACCACAGGCAUAGGGGGCAGCCAAGCACUCAGGACUCCCAAAUAUCUCAUGGAAAAACUCUCUCAAACAUGCACUGGACUUUCUCUACUGCUCAUUUGUACGUUUUCUUUUGCGAAAGGAAUUAUAUUUGUUUACUUUCAUAUAUUCUAUAAAAACAUGUAUGCACUCUUUUGCCAAAGCCUAUGAAGUUUGUCUUACACAUUUCACUCGAUUUUUGUAUAUUUGUAAAUGUCUAUAUCUUUGUAUUUGUGUUGUAUUAAGAACUACAUUUAUGUGUCAAAUUUGGGAAAAUGUUGUUGUAAUGUUGUAAAAACAAUCGAGUGGACAGUAAUUAUCAAUACUGGGAUUGUUCCUUACUCUGUUAACUUUUUCAUAUUAUUUAAUACGCAUUUGUAAUAAAGGGAUACAAAAGAACAGU